UCAUGACCAGUCGUGACUAACGAUUUACUUUGGUGUGUAUUUGAUCGUUUAACCUAAGUUAGAUUCCGUUAAUAAUAUCUAUACGAAACGUGACAAAUGUUCUAACGUGUAUUGGAAAUAUUAUUUAUUCUACUGAUAUAUUUGGAAGGAGAAAUCGUGUAAGAAAUAAUGCAUUUGAUUUUGACUGCGUUCUGAAAACGUAUAUUGGCCAACAAUUAAAAUGACAGAGGCAAUAAUGGAUAAUUCUGGUAGACUUAUGAAGAUGGAGGUGGAUUAUAGCAAUACUUGCGAUAUAAAAAUUCCAGAAUGCAAAAAACUAGCUUCUGAAGGAAAGCUGCAUGAUGCCUUGGAUCAAUUGUUAGCUUUAGAAAAACUUACCAGAACUGUUGCCGAUAUGGCAUCAACGUCCAGACUUCUUGUAGCCAUAGUUGAAAUUUGUUUGGAGGCAAAAAAUUGGUCAGCGCUUAAUGAACACAUAAUUUUAUUAUCAAAACGGCGCUCUCAACUUAAACAAGCUGUAACGAAGAUGGUUCAAGAAUGUUGUACUUAUAUAGACAAAAUGCCUAAUAAAGAAACCAUGGUAAAACUAAUAGAAACUCUUCGUUUGGUUACAGAAGGGAAGAUAUAUGUAGAAGUAGAAAGAGCAAGGCUUACUCACCGUUUAGCCGAAAUAAAAGAAGCGGAAGGAGACAUUGCAGGUGCUGCAACUGUAAUGCUUGAAUUACAGGUAGAAACAUAUGGCAGUAUGUCACGUCGGGAGAAAGCUUCCCUUAUCUUAGAACAAAUGAGACUUUGUUUGGCAAAACAAGAUUUUAUGAGAACUCAAAUCAUAGCAAAGAAAAUUAAUGUUAAGUUCUUUAGUGAUGAGAAUGACGAAGAAACUCAGACAUUGAAAUUAAAAUAUUACGACUUAAUGAUGGAAUUGGCACGUCAUGAGGGUUGGCAUUUGGAAUUGUGUCGACAUAACCGAGCAGUACUAGAAACUCCCACUAUUCGUGACGAUCCAGAGAAAAGACGUAUUGCGCUUUCUCGGGCAGUCCUUUAUCUUGUACUUGCACCACACGAGCCUGAACAGGCUGAUCUAACGCACAGAUUACUCGCUGAUAAACUUCUCGAUGAGAUUCCCACUUACAAAGAAUUAUUACGCUUAUUUGUUAAUCCUGAGUUGAUAAAAUGGUCAGGAUUAUGCGAAAUUUAUGAAAAAGAUCUCAGAUUAACUGAAGUCUUUUCUUCUUCAACUGAAGAAGGAUGCAAACGAUGGACAGAUUUGCGGAAUCGUGUUGUAGAACACAAUAUAAGAAUCAUGGCCAAAUAUUAUACUAAGAUUACACUAACUCGCAUGGCUGAGUUAUUAGAUCUUCCGACUGAAGAAACAGAAGCGUGUCUCUGUAAUUUAGUAGAAACUGGAGUAAUUAAUGCACGUACAGAUCGUCCAGCUGGUGUAGUCCGUUUUACUGGCACACAAGAACCAGCUGCUCUUUUAGAUACAUGGGCUGCAUCAUUAUCGAAAUUGAUGGGCCUUGUGAAUCAUACUACACAUUUAAUUCAUCAAGAAGAAAUGUUGGCCGUUGCGCAAUCUUAGAAUAUAUGCACACAUGCAUGCGUGCGCAUAUACACCACACAUCAUGUUUGCAUGUAUCGUGUCUCUCUUAUGUUAUACAUUUUAAUUUUAUUUCCAUUUAAGAAUAGGGUAUUGUUAUUAGA